AGUAACAUGCUUAUAAUUAGCAUCUAGCGCUUGCUAUAUGAAAUACAUUGUUCAAAGGGGGGAAACAGAUCUAUACACGCAGGAGUAGACGAAAUGAGGAGCGCGAGACUGAAGCCAUAGCAAACAUGGCACCCGGCACGACUCCUGUAACGGAGUCAGAGGAAGAUCUUAAAAUCUUUAAAUCUAAAGGAGCUCCGAUAUCUUUACCGAAACAUUCCUACUGGUUUGACUUCUGGGCUUUCGUGGUCUUUGAUUUCGUGUUAUUCCUCGUCGUGUAUUUCUUAGUCCCUUAAAAGGUUGGUUCCAGGACUUUGGAGCUUGAAGAUGCAGAGUGCUCGCCCUGCCCUGCCCUUGGAAAUGCUAACUCUGCUUUGAAUCUAACACCAUGUGAUUGGAUGUCGUACAUCAUUUGGCUGCAUAACAAACAUCUGAACUACAGAGCUACUGUGACUGGACUAUCCUCUUUAAUGCGUGGAAUCAGUUUUUCUGUGGGGGCGAGAAACAUUUCAAGUGCUGUAUUGUUGAAAAGUCACAAUGAUGUCAUCAGGACUUACAAAAUGCUUUGAUCAGAAAGUUACUAAGACACUUUAAGUGUUGUUACUGUCAGUUGUUAAGUAGUUUUAUUAACCCAUGUUUUAUUAAUAAUGUUUAAUUUUCUGGCUUCUUCCUAGUGUUUUGGUUUUGUUUCCAUGUUUUCCUGAUCAUCACCUGUAAAUAAAUCUGACAUCUCCAAAUGAAUGUAUUGUCAUAUCAAGCUAUGCGAUCAAUAGGUGUGGGACCCAUAUGGACACCAGAAGAUUAGCGUCCACCUUCACUCGUGAAAGAACAAUGCUGUGUUGGGAGAAAUACUAGAAUGCCAAAGUCAUGGAAAUUUGCACUUGGAAAACACUUCAAAUAAAGUUUUUUGUCUACUUGGUAAAUUACAACAUUCUGUUAUCUGUUGGAUGAACUUCUCAUUUAUCAGCAUCACAUCUGUUAUUAGGAUCUGAGUUCAGUGUUAGGUUCUUAUACCACUGGCAGUGACUGCACUUUUGAGACCCAUAAAGCGCAACUGUUUAGCUAAUGACUUAAAUGUUUUGAAUUAACCGGGGCUGCUUUUUUUUUUUCUUUACACUUUUGGGCACUUGUUAAUGCUUUUAUUUUGGAAAUCACACAUUGGCCCACGUGUUUCCGCUUUGCGUUAGGGCUAAUAGCAAAUUAAUUGCUGGUUGCAGCUUUCUAGUGACUUUUUUAAAGGAAUUCGUGUAGUUUGCGUUAUGGAAAGCGGUCCAGUUGAGAGCACAGAUAUAUUCCUGCCGUUGUCAUCCCUAAGACUGCUGAUCCCUCCUAUGCGGCUGAUUUCUGCAGCCAUGUGGCAGGUGGCUCAACGGAGGGAUGUUCUCGACUAUGAAAAGCUUGAUGAAUUUGUGACACUGGUCACAGCAUCAGUUCCGGACCUGCUCAAUCCGAAGCAACGAGGAAAACUGCUGCUUCGGCUGCGAGCCAGAGUUAUACUUGAGCUGUGCAGAAAUGAGGAAACAGCCAACAUCCUGUGUGUACAGCCUCACCUAGAGCGAAUCCACCCACCGGGAUACACAGGAAGUGGGGAUGCAGAGGUGGAUGCAGAAGAGGCCAUCUUUGUGGAGCUAACCCAAACACUCCUGAAAGACCCAGCAGAGAGGGAACAUUUUUACCAGGAGGUUUUCCCCACAGAAUAUGGCCUCAGCUAUGAUGCGGACAUGCAGCUGCUUGUGUGGGAGUUUCUCUCCAAAUUAGAAAGACUUCUGCCGGUGCCAGACCUCGGUCAGACUGUUUCCUGGCUUACCUAUGCCCCCUCUGUGCUGAAGGACUGCUUGCAGGUGUUCUCCAAUCCCAGUGACUUCAAGUCUCUCCUGCAACACCACAAAUGCCUUGAGCACCUCAGCACCCAAGGCACCACAGUGGAGAUGUCCACCCAGGUCUUUGCCUGCUCAGAGUGUCCCUUCUUCCACAUGCAAGAGUCCUACCUGCUGCAGCACAUUGAGCACAGCCAUCCUGAACAAUACGCCAAACUCCAGAGGGCUGCACAGACAUGUGAGACCCCCAAGAAGACGUUCCCUCCUGAGUUCCCAAAGCCCUUCCCCAUCCACAACAGGCCCGACCCACACACAUGCCAGGAGUGCGGCAAAACGUUCACGCGGGUCUCGGACGUGACUCGUCACCAGCGGACCCACACGGGCGAGCGCCCGUACACCUGUGAGGAGUGUCGGAAGGGCUUCAAGAACUCUUGGGAUCUGACCAGACAUCAGCGCAUCCACACUGGAGAGCGCCCCUUCCUUUGCUCUCAUUGUGGCAAACGGUUCACUCAGAUGGGGCUGCUCAAACUGCAUUCUGAGCGAACAGCUUGUGGCCAGACCUGCAACCCUCAGCUAGACCUAACAACAGAGGUGGUGGUGACAGAGGUGGUGUCAGAGAAGGGGGGCGGUCAGUAUAAAUGCCAGAAAUGUGGUGAGAGCUUUAGCAGCAUCCUGGAUCGACUGAGGCACAGGCAGAGGCACAUCGUAAGGCGUCAGUACAAAUGUCCCAUGUGUGAGAAGAUCUACGGCCGAGCCUCGGACCUGAAGAGACACCAGAUGAAGCACACAGGUGAGCGGCCAUUUCCAUGCAAGUGCGGGAAAAGCUUCACCCACAUGUGGCUUCUGAAUAAGCACCAGCAGACCCACAGCAGAGAGCGUCCCCACCCCUGUGCAGAGUGCGGAAAGAGCUUCACGCAGCUUCAGAUCCUUAACAGGCACCUCCUGACUCACAAUGGCCAGCGGCCUUUCCAGUGCUCAUACUGUGAGAAGAGCUUCACCCAGCUGGCCAGCCUCACACGCCACGAGAGAAUCCACACAGGGGAGCGGCCAUACCUCUGCACCACCUGCCAGAAGUCCUUUCUCACUCACGGAGAGCUUGUGAGGCACCAGCGCAUCCACAGCAACUUCCGGCCCUUCAGCUGUCCUCAGUGCCCGAAGAGCUUUAAAACCAAGCGCGCUCAGAGUGAACACUUCCACAGCCACAUAGGCGAGCACCCGUUCGAAUGCGGCCGCUGCGGAAAGAGGUUCUCCAAGUCCACCUCGCUCGUCCGACAUAACCUGACUCACACGGGGGAGCGACCACACUCAUGCUCCCAGUGUGGGAAAACCUUCCUGACCUCUGGGGAGCUGCUCCUGCACAAACGCACACACACUGGAGAGAGGCCGUACCCUUGCUCUUACUGUGAGAGGAGGUUCAGGUGCUCAUCAGACCUCAACAUACACGUACGGACUCACACCGGCGAGAAGCCACACAGCUGCGCAUUCUGUAAGAAGGGCUUCUGUACGUCUACGAGGCUGAAGAGACACAUGCGCACACACUCAGAGAAGGUGGAUUUAUUGAGUCCUUGAGCUAUUGGGAGAAAAUCACUUCGUUGCUCCAACAUAACUGUUGUCAUUUAAAAUAAAAAGAGCCUUAAAUUA